GUACAUCCUGUCAGUUGUAGUUUUUACAUCCGGAAGGUGGGGCUUUUGUUGCAGGAGCGGUUUGCUUUUGGAGAACCAGUGCUCCGAAAUGCUCUAUUAAUGCAGUCCUCAAGAUAACAUCAACCGAGGGCAGACAUACAAAUCCUGCUUUGGUCGUGUCAGAAAGUAUCUGGGUGCAGAGGAAGUGUAUGCGUGGGUGUGUGUGCGCGCAUGUGUGUGAGUGUGUUAAAGGGACACAAAGAAGAAUCCAGUGAUGGCUACCGGUAAAAGUAAAAACCAGAGCUCUCUGGCACUGCACAAGGUGAUAAUGGUGGGCAGUGGGGGCGUGGGGAAGUCAGCCCUCACCCUGCAGUUCAUGUAUGAUGAGUUUGUGGAGGACUAUGAGCCCACCAAGGCAGACAGCUACAGGAAGAAGGUGGUUCUGGAUGGGGAGGAGGUCCAGAUCGACAUUCUGGACACAGCCGGCCAGGAGGACUACGCUGCCAUCAGGGACAACUAUUUUCGCAGCGGGGAGGGCUUCCUGUUGGUCUUCUCCAUCACAGAGCAUGAGUCAUUCACUGCCACUGUGGAGUUCAGGGAGCAGAUCUUGCGGGUGAAGGCGGAAGAGGACAAGAUCCCUCUCCUCGUGGUCGGGAACAAGUCGGACCUGGAGGAGCGUCGGCAGGUAUCUGUGGACGAGGCCCGAGGCAAGGCCGAGGAGUGGGGCGUCCAGUAUGUCGAGACAUCAGCCAAAACCAGAGCCAAUGUUGACAAGGUAUUCUUUGACCUGAUGCGUGAAGUACGAGGCAAGAAAAUGUCAGAAAACAAAGACAAAAACGGAAAGGGAAAGAACAAGAAGAACAAGAAGAGCUUCAAAGAAAGAUGCUGUUUACUUUGAACUCUUCAUGGACCACAACAACCCACAAUAAAUCUGUUAAGUUGGUGAACAAAGCAGAGCGUCCUUGCCAUUGUCAUUCAAAUGAAAUUUGAUAUUUUUUUAAAUGGCUGGUUUUAAAUAAGUGUUUCAUCUUAACCACGUUUUUUUGUUUGUUUUUAAUGAAUGACAUCUGAGUCUGUGUUUCAUUGGAAGAUAACCACUGUUGUGACUGUGACUUGAUGGCUCAUAGUAAGCCAAUGACCAAACUGCCACUGACACUAACUCUGCUGCUCAAGACGUUCUCCACUGUUAAACUUAGCGAUUAUACUGCCUUUGACUUUGGUUCAGUGUGUUUUACACCAGAAUUGUUGAGUCUUUUUCAAGUCAACAGUGCUCUUAAUUUCUUUACCUGCUCUUUAUCUUAGCCUGCAUACUUCUUAGUCUGUUAGUAUAGACCCCUAUGUUCAUCAAUUUACAAGGAACUCUAAUGCUGCUGUCUGUCUAAUUUGUGAUAAUUUAUGUCAUGUCUAUUGAAGAUGUUGGCCUCAUUCAUCCAUCUGUCCAGAUCUGUAUUACUUCAGAGCAUGUUUGGAAUAGCUGGAAGUUUCAUUUUCGAGCCCUUGGGGCUGCUGUUUUUAUUUUUUUAUUUUAUUUUAGUUCCUCCAAGGAUUUGUGAUUUUCUGACUACAGAAGAAUCAGUGGAAUCGGAUGACUUGUUGUCAAACAGGGUUAUUAUAUUUCACUGUUAUCAAGCCUUACAUGAUUGCUGCAGUUUUUCAGGCGGACUGCAAGCUUCAUGUAGACAUUUAACAUUUUGUUAGAUAUAUUCAGGCUGUGAAAAGAAGGGUGUAAUGGGGUUUUUCCAAUGUUUUCCUUGUUGGUAUUCUAUAGUGCAGAGAGUAUUAUAUAUUCACGUAACCUGGCCCUUCCUAACCUUCUCAUAGUGCAGAUUACUUCCUGUUUUACACAACUGUUGAAGUUUGGAGUGCGUACUGUUAGAGGGGUGAUAACAAUCCAGGAGGCAAUCAUGCUUAUGGUCCACAAUGGCAUUAUAAUCAAUACCAUCUUAUUACUCUGAACAGUUCUGAUGUUCUUUUUAUUGCUUUGUCUUUUUAAUAACAUGCACUACAUUGCCAAUACCUAAGAAGUGGACUUUAUGCUGAAUGGAGUCAUGCUGGAGAUUUUUAAACAGUUUGUGCCAACAAAAUCACAAAAAAAAAUCAAACUUAUGUUGGUGGAUGUACAAUUUGUAUGUUAAUAACUGUGUGUGUGUGUGUGUGUGUGUGUGUGUGUGUGUGUGUGUGUGUGUGUGUGUGUCUUUGAAGAGGGUGCCAACUUCUUAACUGUUGUUUAAUCAAGUGCUACAGUGAACAAGAUGUUUCUACCACUGCCUAAACCAUUCUUUGUAACAUGUCCUCCCUUUUUCUUUUACUUCCUACUGCUGUGAGUAUGCUUCAAUCGCUGCAGCAACAGUGUUGCUGAAUAAAUGUUUUUUUUUUU